GACGAUCCGCCCAAGCUGGCUUCCCCCAAGGCCCGCAGUUUCGCCUCCUCCUUCCAGAGCACCCGCGCCAAACCACCGCCGGCCCCGUCCGCCUCCAAACCGAAGAUGGGUUCCCACAUCGACGCCGACCCUACCCAGGCCGUCGACGGGCUAGUCCGGGCUAUCCGCGACCUGACCUCGGACCCCAACUACAAGCUGGUGGCCGACGUCUUCAGCGAGUUCCUGUACGUCAAGGAGCAGAACAACAAGCUCUCGAGUUCGCACCAGGUCGUCCUGGAGGAGUACCGCAAGUUCCGGAACGAUCUCGAGGACCAGAAGGGCGAGCUCGUGAGCGAGAAGAACGAUCUCGAGCUCUUGGUGCAGGAGAAGGUGCAGGAGAUCAUCCAGCUCAGCGCUACCAGGACGAGGUUAGAGGGCGACCUCGAGGACACACAGAAGGCUCUCGAAGAGAAGAUUGCCGCCGCUGCCCAGGCCGCUGCGACGGCCGCCCAGGAAUAUGCCGACCUCCAGGGCGCCACGACCAAGGCGUAUGCCGACCUAGAAGAGAAGACGGCCAAGGAGUUUUCGGAUCUCGAGGAGAAGACUGCGAAAGAGUAUGCGGAGCUCGAGGAUAAGACUUCCAAGGAGUAUUCCGACCUUCAGGAGAAGACGGCUAAAGAAUAUGCCGACCUCGAGGAGAAGACCGCAAAGGAGUAUUCCGAGCUACAAGAAAAGACGGCCAAAGAGUACUCAGAGCUCGACGCGGCCAAGGCUGCGGUUGAGGAAGAGAAGCGGCUUGGGGAGGAGGCUGCUGCCGCCGCCGCCGCCCAGGCCGCAGAUGAGAUCGCGGCGCUCACCGAGGCCAAGACAGGACUCGAGGAGGUCAAGGCCAACAACGAGGCCGAGAUUUCGUCCCUCAAGGGGAAUGUGGCCGACCUCGAGACUGCCAAGGCGGACCUCGAGCAGGUAAAGGCGGACAACGAGACCGAGAUUGCUUCGCUGAAGGAGAGGAUCGCGACUCUGGAGGAGGAGAAGAAGAACCUCGAGGAGGAGCUCGAGGCGGCCAGGCAAGAGGUGGCCACCCUGAACGAGACCAUUGUUCAGAAGAACAACGAGAUUGAGAGCCUCCAGGAGUCGCUGCGGGCGGCCGAGGAGCAGAUCGCGUCGCUGCAGCAGACGGUCGAGGACAAGAACGCCGAGAUCGAGGAUCUCCACGGCAAGCUCACAGCCGAGGGUGAGCGGGCGAACACUGCCGAGGCUCAGGGCCGCGAGCUCCAGACACAGCUCAACGACACAACACAAAACCUCCAGCUCACCACCCGGAAGCUGACCGAACUCGAGCAAUACCGAUUGGUCCUCCACAGCGAGAACGACGACACCUACGUCACGGUCCUCGACAAGAUCUGGACGACCAUCGUAACCCUCGUCGAGGGCACCUUCCGGCCCGACAUCGACGAACAAACGCUCACCGACCCCUCCUGCUGGACCAACCUGCGCAACUCGCCCUACCUCAAGCACGCGACCCAGCUCCAAAUCCCCCUCCCGCAAUCCAACACCCCCGCCGCCAAGGGCAUGCGCAUCAGCGCCGUCCUCGCCGUCCUCUCGCGCGCCAUGCACAAGCACCUCUUCCGCCCGGUCUACCUGCUCGACGACGACGACGAGAACCUGGUCAAGUUCCUGCGCGCCCUCGAGGACGAGGACCCGACGCGCGAGGCGCACGUGCGCGCGACGCUGGUGGCCAUGAUGCCGGAGCGGCAGGUCGAGCAGGGCGCGCGCCGCGUCAAGAUGGUCGUGCGCGAGGUCUCGUGGCUGGUGCAGCAUUUGUUGACCGCGCUGCAGUUCGAGGCCUUCUGUGCCGGGCUCGAGGUGGCGUGUAAGUUGGCGUGUGAUCAGUGGAUGAGGAUUCAGCUGGCGCAGAUGAAGAUCGAGCCGUACUUUGGUCCGCCGUACGAUGAUUUCGAUUGGCAGGUGCUGGAGCUGCCCGAGUUUGCUGAGGCGGCGGAGCGCGAUGCCUGCAACCCGCGCGUGCGGGAUGAUGGGGAUGACUUUGCGGAUGAUAGGCUGGAGACGGUGGAGGCGAGUGACAGGGCGCCGUCGGAGAAGAGCGCGGGUGGUGCGGCGGAUGCGGCGCAUUCCAGUGGGGGGUUCGACAACGCGCUGCGCAACCCGGAUGAGGAGUUGAUGGAUGGGGAGGUUGACCCCGACGAGAUUUUGUUGGUGGUGUGGCCCAGCAUGUGCGCCGUCGAGAGCGGCGAGCUCAUGUCCAUCACGCAGGGCCUGGUCAUCUCCAAGGAGCAGGCUCGCCCCGCGCUCGAGGAGCAGCGGUCGCGGUCGCGCCUCAUCCCGAGGCCUGGGUCGAGACGCGCCCGCACGCUGUCGAUGCCCGGUCAGAGCAGGGGGAGCAGCCCGACCCGUCAAGGCACUAAGCCGGCGCAUUUCCUCGCGCAGUCGCUGACGGCGUCUGACUUGGACGGCCCAGACGACGUUUGAGAGUGAAGGUGAACGGCUUUGCUGAGUGCUGAGCCCAAACCUCUCUCCAAGGUGUCUGUCUGUCCUCUGUAAUUCCAACCCCAUGUGUCCCCUUUCCCUCCUCUUUUUGUUUUCUGUUAUUUGCUUUCUUGCGGCCG